AAUUGUUAUGAAUAUUUCAUAAAAUCCAAGAAAAAAAUUUGAUAGCUUUGAUCAGUUUAGCACAUCCCUUGCAAAAAUGCAAAUCAAGUACUGAACUUUGUAAAAUUAAAAAAAAAAAUUAUUUUCAACCUACCAAGCAAAAUUUGCUACAUGGUAUGACAGCGAGUUUAUAUUUGACUCUAUAGUACAUUGUGAAUUUCAGGGCUUAAAAAAAAAAGUUUUCCAAGGCCUUUAGGGGUGAAUUAGCCUGAGCCCCCAAGUUUUUCCCCAGCGUGCAACCUACGGUUUUGAGACGGGCACAGUUUUCUGGACUUUAAGACCAGAUUUUUACCCUUUAAAUCCAGGUGUCUCCUUUUCCAGAGUUAUCAUUAAAAACUCUCAUAUUAGUCAUUCAGUAAAAGACAAAAGUUGAAAAAGUCAUGCACAUUAAAAGGCCGUCAUGCCCUGUGCAGGAUUAUUAUUGUUUUCCUUUAAAUCAGCCCGGGCAAGAAUAUAGGCCUACAUGUAUAUGCAAUUUGUGGUCAAGAACAUGAGGUUUAUACAGCGAAGCAACUUUGCUCAUUGUAACGGUUUUUUUGUCAAAUUAAUCUUCACUUUGAAAUUUUAAUGUUGCGGUGGAGCAGUUGCAAUGGACUUUAAAUGAGAUUGAUCUCAAAUCAUAUCUGUCAGCCCUACACACUACACAGUUUUAGAUUAUUAUCAGUUUCUGUUUGAUUUUGAUCUAUCGCAAGUCUUUGUAAGAGUGGGUGGGUGGUAUUGAUGAUGUAGCAUUGCUUCCUCUGGACACCUUUUCACAAAUCCAUCAUUUAAAUUGAGCACACAAUACAUAUGAAUAUUCAUCAUGAAGGAGGAGCUGCAGUGUAAUUAAUCAAAAGAAAUUUAACAACCCAAUCAUGUCAUUGCAGAAAAGUGCUAAAGUUUGAGAAAAUAAAAGUAAUUGUUGCUCUAGAAACAAAAGGAAGUAGGUAUUUCUAUGCUGCUAUUAAAUGAAUCCCCUUUUGAUUUGCAAACAAAUUAUCAUCUGUAGAGGACAUACUUUUGGGGAAAACAAAUAGUGUUCAUGCAUGCAUAAUGUAUCAUUCAAGUAAUCACAUGAGUAGAUCAACCAGAGGUAAUCUUUACCCACUGAAUGGACUUUGUGACCUAGAGAUUCUUUUUUAUCAGGGUGCAAAAAAAGUUAGUGACGGAAUGGGGAAGUUGGUCCUAAAAAUGAUCAGGGUUGAUCCAAAGUCUGACUAAUAAGUGCUGUAAUGCUGAGCAGACUUGACAGAAUUAGAGGUUUAAUAAUUAGUGAGAUACACAUGUAGAGGGAAGACUUGCUAGAAAAAGGCUGCCAGGAACGGGUGACGUUACCAAAGGCAUCCUCGCUAUCGGUUACAUCAGGUGAACAAGAAGACUCUUGCUUUGUUUCACCGGUUUGACGAUUCCCUGUUGAAUUCCUAUCGCCGUUGACCUGUCAAGCAGGCAGGGCUGUUGACGUUGGAGAAAAGGAACUCGAGUCAUACAAAGCGGGUGCUCAGGUGGAAAGAAAAGGCUGAACUUUGAAUUGAAAAGACCGACUUUCAUAUAUUCCCAGAACAUUUUUUGUAUAUUGUGCCUGUGAUUUGAGUUCAGCAAGUUCCCUGUUGCAGUACACCGUAACAAGCUGUGUUGGAAAGUCAUAUCAAAUCACUGGGUAGGAACUUUUCUCACAGUUUUGAAUGGUUUUAUGAAACUGGCAGGCGCUUCAUUUUUCAAUGACUGGACAACUUGAUUAAUAGCAGUUUUGAGGACAAACUUGAUCUUUUUAAGUGUUGAAUACCUGUAUGAAACUCACAUAUGCACAGCACAGGGUUAUUUAAUCAAAGUGCAUGAGGAUUACAAGUUGUUGAAAACAAACAGGACUUUGGAAUUGAUUGUCAGGGAUUUGAAAUAAACUCAGAACAUGUUUUCGUUCAGUUCAAAACUAUAGCACAGGGCAGGCACUGUUUAGGUUUAUAGAGGAACUUUAGAUAUCACUUUUGUGUAGACAUGACUUUGGGAAGCAUGGCAGAUGAACAACAAGAUAUAUCUGGAAAGAUUCAAAGGUUUGAAAGGGCUUCAAGGAAAUCAGAAAAAAGAGUUCCAGAGGGGAAAGCCAAAUGGAAAGACGCAAAUGACAAUACCACCUGGGAACUAGAAACAAAGCAGGAAAGCAUUGGGAAAAAGAUCCAGCAAAUGGAAGCUCGUCUUGGAUGCAUAGAUGAGGAAAAAAGCCCUAAAGACAUCGAGAAACCCAGAAGUCCUGGCGGAGUUUUAGAAAAUAAACAUGCAAAGUCACUUUCAAAUGAGAAUCUUAUAGUUGUUGGAAGCCCUGAACUCCGGAGAAAACUGUCCAGCCAUUUCCUCAGAAAAUCCUCAGCUCCAAGUUUGUUGGGAAGUGUUCCCGACGAAAGUAGGAAUUCAAAGCUACAACAUGCUAGAGACGAUGUGCCUAUUGUAUUUGUGUUCCCAAGUGAAAGUAUCAAAGAAACUGAAGAUGGACAGCAUGGAGAGAAAGAAGGAGAGAAAGAAGGGGAGGAAGUGGAAGGAGGACAGAGCAGUGGAAAGGAAGAAGGGAAAGGAAGGUCUAGUAGGUUUGCCCGUUCUGUCAGGCGGGUGAAAAGCAUGAGAUUUUCAAGACGAGAAAAGAAAAGCCAUGACACGGAGGCUAACAAAGGGAAUAAUGAAGAUUCAGUGAAUGGGGAAGUUAAAGGGAUUGAAGACCAAGACAAAAGCCAAGUUAGUGUUAUUGUUAGCACAUCUCCAAGUGAAAACCCAGCCAACAAGGAAAUGGUCAGAGAACUAUCAAGCUUUAAAUUUUCAGGGCCAAGGCCCACAGAAGAACAUGGUCUUAAUAGAAAGAGCAAGUCAGACCCAGCUUGUCCAGAUAUAUCCUUGAUGGCUUCCACCAACAAGCCAGCUGAUGGUGGCGACAGAAAGAAGGCUUUUGCUGCCUUGAGACCUAAUAAUCGGCGGAACCCUAAAACUACACUACCCUCGCCACCCACCAUGCCUUCGAGCCAACGCCAGGCAACAAACAGCAUUCAUGAAUAUGACCUGAUCAGUAUGGCGGAUAGCGGCUUCAAGGGUGUUUCAGCAACAAAAAGCGAUACAGAACAGGAUAAAGAACCCUUGAACACCACGAUAAUCAAGAAGGAAACUCCAGUGUAUGCCACCCUCUGCCCAUCAGAUGAGGAAGACGAGAGCAGCGCUGACGCAGAUCCUGCCAACCUCAAGAACACCAAGUUCAACGACACCGCUCUUCCUGCGCAACUUGCCAUGAACAAAAAAUUUGACGAUCAUGUCUAUGAAGAUAUCGACAAGGUGAUGACAAAUGUUAAGAAACUCCAAGCAAGCGUUAUAGGAGCCUAUCAAGUUUCGGAUCUUGCACAUCGAGAUAUAGAAACGGUUAAGCCUGUGGUUUAUGAUGAACCCCAGGCAAGUGGCACUGACUCAUCAAAAUCAAUAUCUCCAUCGUACACGCCGAGCAGGGAGAACUCGUGGAAUUCUGGCGGGGAUGGAGUGGUCAAGAAUCCUGCUGUCUCCCGCAACAACUGGGCCCAUCGGCUUCCAUCUGACAGUACCCCACAGAGCUACGACGUACCCCAGACGGGUCCAACGGGAUCGCAGAAGUCCCUUCUUGGAUCAGAGAGAGGGGGGAGUACGCCUCAUAGUCCAACGACAGCUGUCCCUCCCCAAGAUGAUCAUAAUGUACCCCGUGGUUGGAGAAUGGAACAGACCAUUACAAGAGAUCCUGUUUUCAUCAAUGAGGUUACAGCUGAAAAGUGGUAUAAAGCAGUUCCAACUGAUGGGGAGCCUUACUAUUACAGUGAAGACAGGUCGCAAACACGGUGGGAUUUACCGGCAGUAAGUAUUUACUUCAGUUUUUCUUAGAUGUUUUUUUCAUUUUUAUGAUAUUAUACCCCUUUUCUGGUAUUUAGUAUUAAGCUUGUGCCUUGAUUGCACUUUGCACAGGUUGUUGAAUUUAUAUUCAAGUAAUGUUUCUCUGGAACAGGAAAUAAUAAAUCCAGAAAUGAUGAGCAUAUACACCUGUACAUGUUCAUGUACGUAGUCUGUCUGUUCUGGACAUGAGAUACUUCUGGGUGUUUGAGUCGAGUUUGGAGAUAAUUCUAUCAACUUUUAACUUCUUUACCUUCGCUUUGCAGGAUUGAGAAUCCAGGUGAAAUUCUAUUAAUUAUCUUUAAUUACAGUUGAGGCCAGAAGUUUGCGUACACCCAGGAAAUUCAAAGAAAAGUUGACACUUCCCAAACAUCAUAAAAUUUACUGUAUGUUAUAAAAUAUUUGUGCUAUCAUGACAAAUUUGAUAUCAAACAAAUGAGUGUAUCAUGUCCCUUCAUCACAUUGCUUUGUCAUCAGGAGCUGACAAAUAUUUAGCUGUCAUUUUUACCCAAAAAUCUUCAUAUUGUAGACAAAUUGAAAAUAAAAACUUGACAAAAACAUUUCAUAUCUGUGCUAAUUAUUUCUCAACACUUACCUUUCAGAUUACCGUUUUUUGUUCAGUGGUGACAUAUUGUGAUAGAAAAUGUAAUAUAAAUCAGAGAGUUGAUAUUUAUUUGACAUUUCGAUGAAACGAUGUUUGAAAAUAUAAUAUCAAACAAUAGAAUACUUUUGGCACGAAUAUUACCUUUUUUCUUCAAAGAAAAUUCCACCUGAAAUAUACUUUAAUCCCAACAGCAUCCCAAUCAUGUGAAAGAGCUAAGUAAUACACUCUUUCAUUUGAUACCAAACUCAUCAUGGUAGUAUUUAUAUUUCUGAAGAUAUAGUAAAUUUACAAUUUUUGGCAAGUGAACAAAUUUCACUGAAUUCCAUGGGUGUAUGUAAACUUUUGGCCUCGACUGUUAUAAUCAUUGAUUGCCGUAAUGAUUCAUGUCUACAUGUACAUGUAUAUUUACCUCUUUAUUUCGGUAUUUCUUUCAGAACACAUAGGCUGUUGUCAAAUUAGGUUUUGAAUUGUGAAUUGGGUGUUGAAAAGGAAGUAGAUAAAGAAGUCUUCUCUGUGCUGCAUGUACACUGAACCAUGCAGAAGUAUAGUAAUUUAUUCAUAAUUUCUUCCUUUGUAUGAAAUAUUUGUUGUUGUGAGUUUGUCAUCCCCACAACAAUGGAUGUGAUGCGCCAAGUUGAGGAUGAGCAAGACAUGUAGACGAUGUAGUCAUUGAUGAUGAGUGAUGUUAAGCAUACAGGCUGUAGGGUGACAAUGACUAACUGUGAUUCAAGGAGUGAUGUGAUUGCACUCAUUUUGGGUUGAGGAAGGUGGAGAGAGUGGGAGAGAGAGCCAGAGAGAGAGAUAGAGAGAGAGAUUUGGUCAAUUGUCAGAAAUCCCAUGUGUUCGUGAAUGAUGAAUUGUCCCGUCAGAAGAUGAAAUCAUAGUGCAAUGAUGAUAAUGACGAUGACGAUGAUGAUGAUGAUAUGAGAGGGGAGGGGUUUUAAGUACAGGCAUGAGGAGCAAGAGAGUGAAGGAGAGAUGAAAUGUGUUUAUUUUGGUGCAGAUAGAUACAAUGUAGAGGGGUGCAUUCAACUGAGAAUUAUAAACAUGAAUCACCAUCAAAGCCAAAACACGAGGAUGUGCUCAACUGUACUAUUUCUCAGUCCGUUUAAGGUCAAGUCCACCCCAGAAAACUGUUGAUUUGAAUCAAAAGAGAAAAAUCUAACAAGCAUAACGCUGAAAAUUUCAUCAAAAUUGGAUGUAAAGUAAAAAAGUUACGACAUUUUAAAGUUUCGCUUAUUUUUCCCGAAAAAGUUAUAUGCACAACUCAGUGAUAUGCAAAUGAGAGAGUCGAUGAUGUUCAUCACUCACUAUUUCUUUUGUUUUUUAUUGUUUGAAUUAUACAAUUUUUCAAUUUUUACAGAAUUAACAAUAAUAUAAAACUUGACUGAACCACAUAAUGUUAAACAAUGUUAAUUCCACAUGUUCAGGUAGGAAUAAAACUCAAUUUCACAUGACAAGAUGGAGAAAAUCAGAAUAUUUCAUAUGUCAUAUAAUAGAAUACAAAAGAAAUAGUGAGUGGAUGACGUCAUCAGUUCCCUCAGUUAUAUACCAACCAAGAUGUGCAUAUAACUGUUGUGUGGAAUUUAGCAAAAUUUUAAAAUGUCAUAACUUUCUUAUUUUACAUCCGAUUUUGAUGAAAUUUUCAGUGUUAUGCUUGUUGGAUUUUUAUCUUUUUACUCAAAUCAACCUUUUGUUUUGGUGGACUUGUCCUUUAAAGCCCACCCAUUGCGCAUCACAGAUCAUAGAGUUUGACCCAGGAGGUUAAGAGUGUUAGCUCUAGUUGGUUUCAAACCGCCUCGAUCACAAGAACUCCUGUUAAUUAUGAGAACUUAAUUAGUGAAUACAGAAAAGAAUCAAGUUGUGACAGCCUUUUAAGUGUGACACUCUUCAAGACAAUUGGUUUCAGUUGAAUUUUAUUUGGCCAGACAUAUUUGUUUAUAGUUCCAAAGAAUUUAAAAAAAUGUAUGUAAAGAAUAGGAGAGGGU